GGCUUCCGCUUCCGGGAGCGACCGCUGCCGGCAAGAUGGCGACGCCCGCCACGAGGGAGGGGUCGGAGGCCGAGCCCCGCCUCAGCAAGAACGAGCUGAAGCGGCGCCUGAAGGCGGAGAAGAAAGUGGCCGAAAAGGAGGCGAAGCAGAAGGAGCAGAGCGAGAAGCCGCCCGCCGAGGGGGCCGCCGACGAGGACGCCCUGCUGGACGCCACCCAAUAUUACAAGAUCCGCAGCCAGGCCAUCCAGCUGCUGAAGGGCACGCCUGAAGAUCCCUAUCCGCACAAGUUCCACGUGGAUCUCUCCCUUACAGACUUCAUAGACAAGUACAGCCAUCUGAAGGCGGGCGAUCACUUGGCUGAGGUCACAGUGAGAGUGGCAGGUCGGAUCCAUGCAAAACGUGCCUCUGGAGGGAAGCUGAUCUUCUACGAUCUUCGUGGAGAGGGAGUUAAGUUACAAGUUAUGGCAAACUCCAGAAACUACAAAUCUGAAGAAGAAUAUUUGUGUAUUAACAACAAACUUCGGCGUGGAGACAUUAUAGGGGUUCAGGGGAAUCCCGGCAAGACAAAGAAGGGGGAGUUGAGCAUAAUUCCUUCUGAAAUCACCCUGCUAUCACCCUGUCUUCAUAUGCUGCCUCAUCUUCAUUUUGGGCUCAAGGACAAGGAAACCAGAUUUCGGCAGAGAUACCUGGAUUUAAUUCUUAAUGAUUUUGUGAGACAAAAGUUCAUUAUCCGGGCAAAGAUUAUAACGUACAUUCGAAAUUUCCUAGAUGAGCUGGGAUUUUUGGAAGUGGAGACGCCCAUGAUGAACAUCAUCCCUGGGGGGGCUGUGGCAAAGCCUUUCAUCACCUACCACAAUGAGCUGGACAUGAACCUGUACAUGAGGAUCGCACCAGAGCUCUACCACAAGACGCUGGUGGUUGGAGGAAUGGACAGGGUCUAUGAAAUUGGGCGCCAGUUCCGAAAUGAAGGCAUUGAUUUAACACACAACCCAGAGUUCACCACUUGUGAGUUUUACAUGGCUUAUGCAGACUACCAUGACUUGAUGGAGAUCACGGAGCACCUGCUUUCAGGAAUGGUGAAGUACAUCACGGGUGGUUACAAGGUGACAUACCAUCCCGAAGGCCCUGAAGGCCAGGCCUAUGACAUCGAUUUCACUCCGCCCUUCCAGAGGAUCAGCAUGGUGGGCGAGCUGGAGCGAGUGCUGGGUGUGAAGCUCCCUGGGACAGACCAGUUUGAGACAGAAGAGACUCGCACCUUCCUUGAUGCCCUCUGUGAAGAGAGGGGGGUUGAGUGUCCAUCCCCUCGGACCACAGCCCGGCUCCUUGAUAAGCUGGUUGGGGAGUAUUUGGAAGUGACGUGCAUCAACCCCACAUUUAUCUGUGAUCACCCUCAAAUCAUGAGCCCCCUGGCCAAAUGGCAUCGUGUGCAGCAAGGACUGACGGAGCGCUUUGAGCUCUUUGUGAUGAAGAAGGAAGUGUGCAACGCAUACACAGAGCUGAAUGACCCUUUUCGGCAGCGGCAGCUCUUUGCAGAUCAGGCGAAGGCUAAAGCUGCUGGAGAUGACGAGGCGAUGUUCAUUGACGAGAACUUCUGCACAGCUCUUGAAUAUGGGCUGCCCCCCACCGCUGGCUGGGGCAUGGGCAUCGACCGCUUGGCGAUGUUCCUGACCGACUCAAACAACAUUAAGGAGGUGCUGCUGUUCCCUGCCCUGAAGCCGGAUGACAAGAAGAAGGAGGUGCUGCCUGAGCCCCCUGCGGAGGAGGGCACUUCAGUGUGACCCACCCGGCUGCAGAGGAGGAGGCUCUUUGGAGACUUGAACACAAUUGCAUUUUUUCCAGUCAAGAAUAAAGGAGAUCUUUGCUCUCUCA